UUUGUUAUUGUUGUUGUUGUGGUGGCCAUCAUCGUCUUGGGUUGUGUGCCAGUUGUGUGCAGUCUGCCCAGAAAACAAACAAACGCAAACCCUCUGAUCACUCUUCUUAAAUCUAAUUUAUAUAAAAUAUUCGUUUGUGAUCUCAACUUUCUUUAAGAACAAUGCUGAAAGGAGUGGCUGAUUUUUUCUUUGGAACUGGCUCAGCAGAUUCAGAACAGCAAUGUGAAGAACUCAAUAUAAAAACUCAUGUGACUGAAGAAGACUGGAUUUUUGUUGAAACACAAACUCAAGACGCCGUCGACGAAUCGCUACCAUCUGUGACCUUAGAAACUGCUGAUAAUACUGCUGCAACAACUGAAGAUAUUCAUUUAGAUACUGCCAGUUCUGAGCAAGAAUGUAGUAACAACAGUAAAUGUGAUGAGCUGGAGGACAUUACUGUGGUUCAUCCACAUCUAGAUUUAGUCCCAAUAACAAAAACCUGUACAUGGGACACUGCCCUCCCUGCAGAACACCCACUUGUACGGCACUCAGAUUAUAUUUGUAUAUUCUCGGUCUGUCCAAGUGAGAGCUGGAUUGUAGAUCCACCAGCCUGCUUCACUGCCAGUCAGAGAGGCUCUGAAGAAUCUUCAGUUUUACAAACAACAAUGGAAAAUCUGUUGAUAGAGCAUCCUAGUAUGUCAGUAUAUGACUCAUAUGCUCGAAGCAUCAACAGUGAUGGAGACGAUGAUGAUGGUGAUGAUGAGGAUGAUGAUAAUGAUGAAGAAGAAGGAAGGGUUGUGGCUGAUAAUGAUAAUGUUGAGCAUGUCACUGCUGUUAAUCUUCAUCCAGUAUCAUCUUUUAGAAAUAUUUCACUGCCGUUAACCAGAUCUCAGCCUGUACACAACAACCAAACCGGUCGUUGUCAUCAAAACCUUACCAAUGCUCAGCCACUUCUAACCAAAUUAAAAACAUACCGUUUGAUGUUACAAAAGCAAUCAUAUGAACAGAGCCAUCAUUACAAUAAAAAGUACUUAAAUAAAAAUAAUAAGUGUGUUGAAUAUAGCCACCUUGGCAAAAGGCAGCGUCAUCGUGCUCGCUACCAGUGCCCAAGUGGUCGUAUGAAUGGUAGAAUUGGACAAAGGAGAGCUUUCUAAACAUGAAUAUUUUUUUUAAUAAUUCUGUCAGUUGAAAUGUACGAUUGAAUUUUUGAGAACUAGAUAAACAAAAAUAAUGUAUAUAUUAAUUUAGAGGAGGUAGUGUUUGUACCAUGAUGUAGUCUCACUUUGCGAGAGACAGAUAAGAUAGCGUUAUUUAGUUUUUAAAUAUAAAUUCAUUGAUUGAUUCUGUGACUUUUUUUUAAUUUUAUUUUUAUAUCUAUACUGCACUGUAACUGAAGGUACAACUGCAUAGUUCCUGACACUUUUUUUCUAAAAUCUUAAUCAAGAGAAUUAAUUAUUAUAUAUAGGUAAAUUUAGAUAAAGUUUUAGAUAAGAAAAAUAAAAUUAUUUAAAAGAAAAAAAAAUUAAAAGAAAAA